AUGGCAGCUUCCGAGCUUGCCAAAGACAUCGAGUCCCCGCCGAAGGCCAAGCUUCCCGGCGAGCUGAAGUACAUUCAAUAUCAACAUUCUCUUGAAGCGCAGUACCUCCCGGCAAUACGCGCUCUGAUAUCAAAAGACCUCAGCGAGCCGUAUAGCAUAUAUGUCUAUCGUUACUUCCUCUGUCAAUGGGGCCACCUCUGUUACCUAGCAUUACAUCCCACCGACUCUUCGCUUAUCGGCGUAGUGAUAUGCAAGCUCGAGAUGCACGCUUCCCACUCCCCGCCCACCUUGCGCGGCUACAUCGCCAUGCUCGCCGUGUCCGCCGCAUACCGAGGCCAGGGCGUGGCUACCGCGCUCGUCAAGAUGGCCAUCGACGCCAUGUCCGAGCGCAAUGCAGACGAAAUUGUGCUUGAGACGGAGGAGACAAAUAUUCCAGCCAUGAGGCUGUAUGAGCGACUCGGCUUCUUGCGGUCAAAGAAACUGCACCGCUAUUAUCUCAACGGGAACAGCGCCUACCGUUUGGUGCUGCUUCUCAGGCCGGCUGAUACGGAUAUUGCUGCGAACCUUGCGCUGGAUGAUGCGACUCCGCCAUGA